AUGCAGCGGAUGUGGUUUAUAGAGAACAAAGAGGAGGAGGAACACAAGCAGCUAGAGGUGCCACGUGAGACUAGCUUCAUCGAGGUGGCGACUGAACAUACAUCAGACAUGAGGGGAUGUAAAAGGGACUGGAUUUUUAGAGUCCAGGUACUUAAACUAGAAAAAAGUGAAGUUCUAUAUGUGGUGGGUAAUUUGCCUGAAUUGGGUGCUUGGAAUCACAACCAGGCAAUUCAAUUAUCACAAGAACAUGGCAGUCGGGAUUCUCCUAUACUGUUCGAUAGCAAUAGUAGCGCUGAAUUUUAUAGUGACGAUGGACAUGAUAAUGCUGGAGAUAACACAUUUGGUGAUGUAGAUGAUGAGAAUGGACAAAUAUUUUCACAAAAAGUUGCACUUCCCAUUGAUGCUGAUAUUGAAUUCCGAUAUUUUGUUGCUGUCAUCUGUCAAUCUAAUGGUACUAAAAAUUCAGCCAAAACUCUCAUUAUACGUAGAUGGGAAACUCAUAUGACACCACGUCUUAUUAAAAAUAACACAUCUAGCAAUUUUACUAGUGACACAUUGCCAGAUCCAGACAAAUUUGGUUAUUAUAAUGGCUAUUGUAAGAUUGAACGGGGAUGGUUAACUGAUGAAACUGUGAUACAGUUUAAGCUUUUUAAUAAUCCAAUUAAAUUAUGGAAAAAUCGAUUACAAAAUAGAAAAGUUCAUAUUAAGGUAACACCUGUAAAUCUAGUUAGGCACAAUUCCUUAGAAUUGCAACAAUUUGGUGGUGAUUGUGUAGAUGAUAGUCUCUCUAUGGAUACACAGGAUAUUGUUGAUCAACCUGCCUUUAGUAUUACAGAAAUUGCGGUUAUGAAUGAUGAAGAAGCUCACUUCAAAAUACAGGAACAAUUUGGUCGAGCUUACAAUGAAGACGAAUUUAUUAUCUUCAAUGUUGCGGUUCGGUAUCCUGAAACUAUCGCAUACUUAGUGGACUACUACGUGUACAGCUCAAGAUGUUUUCCAGGAGAACCACCAAAUCAUAUCGGUUUCAGCUACAUCUUGCCUAGCACAUUACAGUCUAGUGUUGGACUUUUAACAGUACCAAUUACAAGCACAAAACAUAGACCAAUUGGACAACUUACGCUAGAAUAUGUUGUGAUAAAAUCAAUACCUGAUUAUCCAUGGGAUAUGAGCAUCUCAUAUGCAAAACAUUGGGAACAACGGUGGUCUGGCUUGGAUGUUGGGCACAGAGGGUUGGGUACAUCUUUUGAAACAAAAAACUGUGCUAAUGUACGUGAAAAUACAGUAGCAUCUUUAAAGACUGCAUCGCAUCAUGGAGCUGAUAUGGUUGAAUUUGAUGUCCAAUUGUCUAAGGACCAUAUACCGGUCAUUUACCAUGAUUUCUAUGUAUCUAUUUCAUUAAAACGCAAGAAACAGAUAGAAGCUAUGGAUAUGCUGGAAAUACCUGUUAAAGAUCUUACAUUAGAGCAACUACAUUUAUUAAAGGAUUUUUAUUACCCGGGGGACUCGUUGGGUAAGGUGCUGUAUUUCGUUGAUAAAGCUGAGCAGCAGGGGGUUAACCAACUGGUGAGCUUUCAUACCGCUUACUGGCAAGAACAGAACCCGUAUUUUGCUCAUCCUUUAUAAAACCAAUUUUUUUUAUUCCCUACUCUUCAAACUGUACUUCAGGAAUUAGAACAACAUGUCGGAUGUAAUAUUGAAAUUAAAUGGACUAUGCAGUUGAAGGACGGCACAUUCGAGCUUAAUCAUCCUUUUGAUCUCAACAUGUAUUUGGAUAUUAUAUUAAAAGUCGUUCUAGAAUAUGGAGGUGACAGGAAAAUCGUUUUUUCAUCGUUUAACCCAGAUAUUUGUGCCAUGAUUCGUCUUAAGCAAAAUAAGUACCCAGUAGUAUUUUUGACACAAGGUGUGACUUCAAAGUAUCCUACUUAUCAUGAUCCAAGAUGUCAAACUGUACCAAUGGCUGUUAGACAUGCAUUAGCAGCUGAUAUAUUAGGAAUUAAUGUUCAUACUGAAGAUAUUCUUAGGGAUCCAGCACAGGUUAAAUUCGUAAAGGAUGCUGGUUUAAUCAUUUUUUGCUGGGGAGAUGACAAUAAUGAUAAAGAUACGAUCCAACAUUUAAAGAAACUUGGUUUACAUGCAGUUAUUUAUGACAAAAUUGAUGAAUACAAUGCAAAAGAAGUCAAAGAAAGCAUAUUCCUAGUUGAUGCAAGAGAAAAUCAAAAGGCACUAAUUGCUUUGGCACAAUGUAAUCAGAGUUGUCCAUCACAACCUCAAAUUACAAGUUCCCUAAACACGGAAAAAGAUUACUACAUGGAUGUUGACAAAUCACGAAAUGUGAUCACGACCACAUCAACUACAGCCUCACUCGCAUCUUUUGGUAAGAAUAGUAUUGGUGACGAUAAUAUAUACCCCAUGUCAACUGUUAAAUUACCAAAUACAUGUGACCAUCAGGAGAGCAAAGAGAUCAGUGAAAUGACGAAAGAUUUCAGCGUUUGUGCGAAAUCCUUUGGACACUCUGUAAAAGCUAAAAAUAUCUCAGACUUAGUUUGUGGUCAAACGACAGCGUUACCAGAAGUCUACGGAGAGGAUGAGUCUGCGAAAGACUGUCUUUGAUGUUUCUUAAAGAAGCCAUUUGUAUCGUGGUUUUGUCAUAGAGAAUACUGUCUAGAAAAGGACCUACCACAAAAGGAAGGGGAAAGCCGAAGCAAAUUUUUUGUAACUUAUAAUUUACUAUGAUAUUUACACCAAAGGGGUUAAACAAUUUUGGUUUCCCUGACAGUCCUAGGAUCCAUAAAAUUGGAUCACCUCAACGGCCAUUAUACGGAAUGUAUUUAUACAUCAAUGCGCAAGGAAGACGAUCAAUUGUAUUUUUCAUAUCAUUUUAUCAUUCCUGCAGUUGGUCGACUUAAUUGUUCAUUUCAUUUUAUGUUUUAGAACUCUAUACAAUGGCCCUUUUUUGUUUCCGUUUUCUUAAUGUUCAUCAAGUCCGAUGUUGGCUGUAGAAAAAAAAAAUGCCGAUUUCUGUUAUUCUGCCUGUGGCAGAUGAACAUGGAAGUUGCAAAUUUUUAGUACAAAUAUCCUCGAUAUUUUCAUUUAGUUCGUAAAAAAAAGUCACCCCUCUCAUAUUCCUUCCUUUAUUAAUGAAUAAUUAAUUUAAAGAAAUGCAAAUUGACAGAAACACUAACAAAUAUGUGACAUCAUGAAUAA